UCCUAUUGCCUGCCAGCCUUACCGACCGGAAGAGUCUUCGAACCGAAAUAUCUCGGCUGGCACUUCCGGAAGUGCAACCUAGGGUUCCGGGAGAGUGCUGGCAGGUGAGGGAAAAGUAGGGACGGAGGUAGCUGGAGGAUGAAGAAGGAGCAGGUGCUGCACUGUCAGUUCUCCGCGUGGUACCCGCUUUUCCGAAGCCUUACCAUCAAGAGUGUCAUCCUUCCACUUCCUCAGAAUGUAAAGGAUUAUUUACUUGAUGAUGGAACUCUGGUGGUUUCAGGAAGGGAAGAUCCACCAACUUGCUCUCAGCCAGACAGUGACGAUGAAGCAGAAGAAAUACAGUGGUCAGAUGAUGAGAACACAGCCACGCUUACGGCACCAGAAUUUCCUGAGUUUGCCACUAAAGUCCAGGAAGCUAUCAAUUCUCUAGGUGGCAGUGUCUUUCCUAAGCUUAACUGGAGUGCCCCAAGGGAUGCGUACUGGAUAGCAAUGAAUAGUUCUCUGAAGUGUAAAACCCUCAGUGACAUCUUUCUACUUUUCAAGAGUUCUGAUUUCAUCACUCGUGACUUCACUCAACCAUUUAUCCAUUGUACUGAUGAUUCUCCAGAUCCUUGUAUGGAAUAUGGGCUUGUUCUCCGAAAAUGGUGUGAAUUAAUUCCUGGAGCUGAGUUCCGAUGUUUUGUCAAGGAAAACAAGCUUAUUGGUAUUUCUCAGAGGGACUACACACAAUACUAUGAUCAUAUUUCUAAACAAAAGGAAGAAAUUUGCAGAUGCAUUCAAGACUUUUUCAAGAAACACAUACAGUAUAAAUUCUUAGAUGAAGAUUUUGUUUUUGACAUAUACAGAGACAGUAGGGGGAAGGUGUGGCUAAUUGAUUUUAAUCCAUUUGGUGAAGUCACAGAUUCACUACUGUUUACUUGGGAGGAACUGAUAUCUGGAAAAAACUUAAAAGGUGAUUUUAGUGAAGGAGAUGCUCAGGAGCAGGAUUCUCCAGCUUUUCGUUGCACAAACAGUGAAGUUACAGUACAGCCCAGCCCUUAUCUGAGCUACCGACUGCCCAAGGACUUUGUAGACCUCUCCACUGGGGAAGAUGCUCACAAACUAAUAGAUUUUCUUAAGUUGAAAAGAAAUCAGCAAGAGGAUGACUGAGUGCUAGUUCAAGACCAAGUUAAAGAGGAAUCCAUGACUAUUCAGGAGGCUGCUCAAAGGCCACAACUUCCCAGUGACCCUAAUGGGUGGAGUAGGAGUGGACAGUGUGGAAAUCAGCAGCUUUUUAUAUUCAUGUAUAUUCACCUGGAAAAAAAUGGAGGGACUUUACUACUUGUAAAAAUAACAUAAUAAAUAAAUCUUAAACAUAGGAAACCAUACUGUUCUGAUAAUAAAGUAACUUUUUAUGAAA